AUGUUCAAGAAACCAAAGGCGUGGCGCGUGCUCCUGUGCAAUAAGGUUCGGCACCGACACAAUGGUGCUCUCAUGUCUUGCUUCGAGAUUUGGCAUAAAGCCUGGCGUAAUGGAACCCUUCUGCCGAAGAUGGCUCGAAAGAGGAACAUCCGCGCGCGUGUGCCGGCGAAGGAGUCACUGAACGCGGGAGUGUGUGAAGAGUUUAGAAUUUCUAAACCUGCGCGAGCGUCCGAGACGAAGUUUAUAGACUUCUACAGGCUAAACCCAUCCUUCGAGCACCGGCUAUGUCUCUGUCACUGGCACCUGCUUAGCUUUCUUCCCAGAGGAAUCUUGCUUCCUUGGGUUAACGGCCACCAUACGUCGUCGCAAACUCACCUCGUGUCGUACGAAAGCGCCGCAGACCCCCCCCCUUCCUUCCGCUGCCUGUCUCCGUUCAUGAGAGGGCAGAAGCGCCGGACAUCGGUGUCAGACGCCUCUGCUGAUUAUCUCAGCGAGGAGGAGAGCAAGAACGAAAGCCAAACUCACGUGGACGCUCAACCCGACACUGAAUUGGAUGUAUCGCGAUCCCGCACCACUCAAGUCACUCUUAAGGACACGACCCUCGACAUGUGGGAGCGGUUCGAAUCAUCGGACAUCUGA